AUGUCCCAUGAUAAAUUUCUUUCUCAUAUUUACUUUCGUUUAUCAACAAUAAUAUCCAGUGAUCCUUUAUUUUCUGAUAUUAACUGUCAUCCUUCAAAAAUUUCUUUUUCAAACUUAAAUCAACCUCAACAAGAACAACUUAUAUUAAUAUCUAUUCGACGAUUUGAUCAAUCAAUAAUUAAUGUUUAUGUAUCAGAAGAGGCUCGUGUAUUUGAAUUGAAAAGAGCUAUUCAAGAAAAAUUUUCAGAUAAGAAAAUAAAUUGGAAAAGCAUCUGGAAAAGAUAUCUAUUAGCCACUGAUGAUCAUCAACAAUUAAUUAGUCAUAAUCGACGAAUCAAACAAUAUGGAGUCCAUAACAACUGUGAACUCUCUUUUAUUCGUCGUCGACGAAUAAAAUAA